ACUGGCUGUGUAAUCCCCCCUCCCUCCUUCCUUCCUUUUCUUCUCUCCGUCAUCCUGUAUGCUUCACUUCCUAGUAAUUGCUACAAUGUAGCGGGAGGGAAGCGAUUGUCUACAUCAGAGCUUCAGGUGCCUGGGCUCUUCUCAGUCUGUGAUUUACCCUGGAAGUGGGUUGAUGGGUGUGCAGCCUCUCUGCCUGGAUAACCAACAAUCUGCCCUUGCAGCGUGCCUGACCAUCCCUUUUCUUUCCUCUUUCAGGAUCAGGAACAUCUGGGAUGUCACAACUCGCUGCUUCGGCUUUCAACGAUUCUUCUGGCGAGAGACGAUCUCUGUCUGAAAUAUAGAAGAGACAUCUAAAGAGCGAGAGCCGCAUGUGCCUUACUUCUCGCUGCCUGGCCUCGUUCCAUCCCCUCGGAUCUGUGAAGCUUCCUCAGACUCUUCCUCAGACUCUUCCUCAGACUCUUCUCCCUGCUGUACGGAAUCCCUUCCUUCUUUUAUAAGCAUGCUACGUGGAAAAAGGAGAUGAGACAGCGGCAAGCCGGAGGAACGAGUGGGAACUUGCUGCUUUCCCAACCCUAAACUGGAUGGUGGAACCGUUUUUUUUAUUUUUAAUUUUUUUUGGUCGUUUUUUUUUUUUUUUCUCUACCUGGGGGGUUUCUGUAAAAAGAAAGAAAAAUGACCAUCACAAAGGCUCGCUACCUGAUGCUCUUCUUCUGCGUGCAGCUGGUGGUGAUGGCGUUGCUGUACCGCGAGGGCUACCGGAAGAGGGUGGCGUACUUUUUUGGGAUUUUCUACAAACCGGACUCUUUAGUGACGCUCACGCCUCAGAACUCGUCCUUGCCUGGGGACGUUUACGCCAAUCUCAGUUUGAUAGUCAAGCCGGCCGCGGGUAAGGAGGUGCUGCCAUAUUGUCCGGAGACGUCGCCGUUUUUAGCAGGGCCAAUCAGAGUCCAGUUGCCAGAGACCUUGACACUUGAAGAUGUGGUGCAUAAAAACCCGCACGUGACCAAAGGAGGGCGCUACAAACCGCCGGACUGCGAGACCAACCAUAGGACGGCCGUCAUCAUCCCUCACCGCAACAGGGAGCAGCACCUUAAAUACCUUUUAUAUCACCUACACCCCUUCCUGCAGCGGCAGCAGCUCAACUACGGCAUAUACAUCAUCCAUCAGGCCGGGAAUGUUACCUUCAACCGUGCAAAAUUGCUGAAUGUCGGUUUUAAAGAAGCCAUGAAGGACGAGGACUGGACCUGCUUAUUCUUCCAUGAUGUGGACCUCAUUCCAGAGGACGAUCGCAACCUGUACACCUGUGACAAGUUCCCCAAGCACGCCUCCAUCGCCAUGGACAAGUUCGGAUACAAGUUGCCUUAUAAAUCCUAUUUCGGGGGAGUCUCGGCGCUCUCUCCUGAGCAGUACAUGAAAAUGAACGGUUUCCCCAACAACUACUGGGGCUGGGGCGGUGAGGACGACGACAUCGCUGUCAGAGUUGCCCUCAGCGGUCAGUUGAUAUCCCGACCAUCAGUUCGUUAUGGAAGAUACAAAAUGAUAAAACACGGACACGACAAAGGCAACGAGCAAAACCCCAAACGGUUCAAUCUGUUGGCCAAAACGCGUCGAACGUGGAGACAAGACGGCAUGAACGCUCUCCGGUACAACCUGCUCUCCAAGGAGCUGCUUCCGCUGUACACCAAUAUCACAGUAGACAUCGGUUCUGAAAAAGGGUUCCAUCCCAUGACGUGAGACCGGACCUCCCACCCCGCCCAACCAGAUGUGCCGUAUUUUCUUCGAACGUCCUUCCAAAACGAUGAGCAGGGACUCAACACGUGGACUACAGAAUGCAAUAUAUAUGAAUUAUUAUUAUUAUUUUUUUUCAUUUCUACACUUCUCUUUAUCGAGAUUAACAAAAACCAUAAACCAAAGAUCAUCGGAUACAAGUGUUGCCGGCUCAACGUUUUGCUAAAAUCCUCCGUGACGUCUCCCGGGGGUUCGGAUUUUAAAAGACCACCCCCCCCUUCCCCCUCUGGGAUUGGUCACCCAGUAGAACAGACUUGUGCACAUCGCUUUGAAAGACAUCUCUGGAGCGCUGUGAAUUUUUCCUGCAGUGGAAUUUAUUUCUUUUUUUUUUUUUUUUAAGUGCAAUUUCUUUCAAUUUAGAAUUCUUUAAAGCUUUUUCACAAUCGGACAGAUUUCAGAAGAGUCUCAAUAAAUAUUCCAAUUGCACACCUUCCUGGAGAACGGCCAAUAAGAGAAGAGGGUGCUGAAGCGAUCACCAGCUGGGAACUGGAAAAGCAAUCCUGUAAAUAUAUUUCACCAGCAAACAGAGGAUCGUUAAAAAAAAAA